AUGACACAAUUACUCCAACUACCGCUGAGCGCAUUGCUCUUGCUCACAUGCGCGCUCACCACCUCAGCGCAUGGCGGCGAUCAUUCGCAGGUUGUAGUCGCGCCAGACGCAGACUGGGCGACUCGACACAUGGCCGAGGAACACCAUAUCUCUGGCUACGACGCCACAACUUUCUUCAACCUACACGACUACGACAGCACCGGCGUCUGGACCGCCCCAGACAUCCGACGCACCUACGGCCUCUCCGACCCGUCCAGUGCUCAUAUCUCCGAAACUAAGAAGCAAAUGGUAGUCCAAACAGUCCUCGACAUGUUUGACACCGACAAAAACGGCGAGAUCAGCCUCUCCGAAUUCCAAACAAAAGACAGCCAAAACAUCAAACUGCCCGACUUCGGCAUGGGGCCUGGUCAUCACGGCGAUGACGAGUACGAGUAUGAAAUUCAUCACUGGGAGAAGUAUCACUCGGGUGAUGAUGUGAAGGAGGAGGAUCUCACGCACCCAGAGGAUAUUGAGCAUUUUAAGUUGCAUGAGCAGAGGGAGCAACAGCAGGAAGAGUGGGAGAGGUUGGAGAAGGGGAUUGUGGAGAAGAAUAUUCCGGCGAAGUAUAGGCAGAACUAG